UUGAGUUCAUGAGCUCAGGAGCUUUCCUUGUGAGAUGCAGGGAAUGCAGCCUGACCUCCCCAUAUUGGCCCCUGCCUUGGCAGCCCACCAACAAACACUUGAUGGCUCUGCUCUGGAGCUACAUGCUGGAUGAAAACCAGCCAAGCCAGGGACUUGCUGGAAGAGGAAGGUGUGCAACUUCCCAGUGGCCCCAUUGGUCUUGGCUAUUGCCAUAGGGACCCAGGAGAACUGAGAUUGAAGAGGUACAGCCUGGAAAGAAAGGGUUAUACAUAUGAAGAUGUCAGCAAGCCCCAGGAUGACCACCUGUAUUAUAAGAAGUGCCAGGACUCCAUCAACAGCUGUGCUGCUCGUGAGUCCCCUGAGUUUAUAAAGGAUACUAUGGCAGACACAGGGGCAUCCCAAACGCCCAGACCUGAGGCUACCCAUGGAAGUCCGGAAACCAUCAGCCUGGGCUUGGAGUGUGAAAUGAGGCAACGAGCUGCCACUGGGUCUGCACUUUGACUCCUAUGCGAAGGCCAAGAGUGAAUACUCCUGAAUGAUCACCAAAGGAAGAAACAGCCAUGAAUAGGUGGAUGGAAAGGACAAAUCCCAGGCUCACUGGAUGAUGUAUGUACACUUUGCCUGGAAUAUGGAGGAGCAAAAGCUGGUGCCUUUCAACACCAUGGGCAGAUCUACUGCAACACAAGGUCAUCAGGCUGGGCCACAAGCUGCUGAUCGGGUAUGGGAAACCGUGUGACCAGAGGCUGGGCAUCAAACGUGGCAGCAAGUGGAAGAACCAGUACCCAGCAAGAAGAGCAGAUGCAAAGCCAGAAAUCCAUCCUGUGCCUGGUGCUCUCUGCCCUGCUCCAGUAGAAAGUUCCUCAGGCAACAUGUGGAACAGAUCACCACUCUCAGAUCUGCCCAGGAACAGCUUCAAGAAAAGCCCUCCAGCCAGGGAGUCACUGUCCAGUGGCAAGAACAUUCUGAUCCACACAGCUGGAAUGACAAAGAGGGGGUCAAGUUUCAAAGAAGACACAAAGAGGCAUGGAAAUAGGCAAAAGCAAGGGAGACUCCCAGGUCCUUUUCUAGGUCACCCUAUAUAUAAGCAGGGAAUUGGGAGGUGAGGGAGUGGUGGGUGAAGAGCUUAGAAGAGGCCAAGAAGUGGAGCCAGAGGCACAGGUCAAUUGUGCAUGGGGAAAGAACACGUUACAACUGCAAGUGUCAAGAAUGGAGAAUGGGCUGGGCAUGGUGGCGCACACCUGUAAU